CCAGUCCGGUGAGCUGCACUAGUCCUGAGAACCACAAGCUCAGAGAAGUAGUCCAGCUACCGCAGAAAGAACCCACCUGUAGCUACACUACAAACUGCAGCCAUCGUAAAGAACUCCUGUUGUGAGUCAGCUUGUUGCACCUGAGACUCAUCGGCGGAGAUGAAGAUGCUGAUGCAGCAGUUGCAAAACUUCCUGGUCCUUCUCCUUGUGGGCUUCAUCGCUGGAAUAGUGCUGUCGGGACCCCCCAGUGCCCACAGCAGCAGAGUGAGACGUCAGAACAUGAAAGUCCGCAUCACUGCAACAGGAGACACCAUCGUGAUGAAGUUCUUGCGGCCGAGUCCUGACACAAAGCUGGAAGGCUACAUCCUGGGCUACGGCAGCGGCAUGUUCUCCAAGCAGUACAUCCAGCUGCCUGAGAAUGGAGAGCCCUACGAGACCGAGACUGAUGCUGAACCUAAGUACCUUAUUGCUGUGCAGCCUGUCCCUGUCAACGAGGUGAAGAAACAGUGUUCAGGUAAAGUGCAGCUGGAAAAACCAUUGCACUUGGUCAUUGGGUCUGUGACGCCAACUUCAGUUCUUCUGUCUUGGGGAACACUCCUCAAAACCCCCUAUGAGGUCAAUGUGAUGGAUGAGUGUCUUGACGAAGGUCAUUACACAGUGCGAUAUCGUGAGAGGAGUGACAACUGGAACUACCAGACCUGUCCAACGAGUAAUACAGUCAUUGAUCAUCUGAAGCCUAACACAGCCUACGAGUUUGGCGUCCAGCCCAACACCGAGGACAUCAUUGGAGAAUGGAGCAAACCAGUCAUCCACAAUACAAGCCUUGGAGAAAAGGCCAUUCAGAAUCUUUUUAAACCACGUCCUGUCAAGCCUGUGAAACCUGUUGCGGGAGCUCGACCUUCCAUCCCAUUUUCUCCUCGUCACGUGAGACGUCAGAACAUGAAAGUCCGCAUCACUGCAACAGGAGACACCAUCGUGAUGAAGUUCUUGCGGCCGAGUCCUGACACAAAGCUGGAAGGCUACAUCCUGGGCUACGGCAGCGGCAUGUUCUCCAAGCAGUACAUCCAGCUGCCUGAGAAUGGAGAGCCCUACGAGACCGAGACUGAUGCUGAACCUAAGUACCUUAUUGCUGUGCAGCCUGUCCCUGUCAACGAGGUGAAGAAACAGUGUUCAGUGCGAUAUCGUGAGAGGAGUGACAACUGGAACUACCAGACCUGUCCAACGAGUAAUACAGUCAUUGAUCAUCUGAAGCCUAACACAGCCUACGAGUUUGGCGUCCAGCCCAACACCGAGGACAUCAUUGGAGAAUGGAGCAAACCAGUCAUCCACAAUACAAGCCUUGGAGGUAUAUAUCAUGCCAUUCAGAAUCUUUUUAAACCACGUCCUGUCAAGCCUGUGAAACCUGUUGCGGGAGCUCGACCUUCCAUCCCAUUUUCUCCUCGUCACGUUUUCCAAAACAGGACCCAGGGCAAACCUCCCCCGCUCCGAAAAAUACCCCUAAAGACGACUCUUGCUCCAACUACUAGACAGGAUUCUCACUCAACUCCUGGAUCCACAGUUCCUGUGGCCACCAAAUGGCCAAUUGGAGGAGGAGAGGUCAAGAAACAUGGAGGCCAACCUCUGAGCCAUCCUCAGCAGGAACCACAGCAAAAACCCCAGUCUAAAAUUAAAUCAAAAUCUUCACCUACAGUUCAGCCCUGGCCCCAGUAUCAACCACCAGCAAAACCACAACAACAACCCGGAUUAGACACCCAACCCCAGUCUCAACCAACAUCAAAGCCCCAACCACAACCUAGACUGAAACCCCAGCCCCAGUAUCCACCAUCAACAAAGACCCAACCACAAACCAAACUAAACUCCCAACCACAUUCUCAACCAACACUGGAGCCCCAAUCACAACCAACACUAAAACCCCAUCCCCAGUAUCAACCACUAGCAAAGCCCCAACCACAACCCACACUAUACACAGAACCCCAAUCUCAGCCAACACCAAAGCCCCAACCACAACCCAAACUAAACUCCCAACCACAUUCUCAACCAACACUGAAGCCCCAAUCACAACCAACACUAAAACCCCAUCCCCAGUAUCAACCACUAGCAAAGCCACAACCACAACCCACACUAUACACAGAACCCCAAUCUCAACCAACACCAAAGCCCCAACCACAACCCAAACUAAACUCCCAACCACAUUCUCAACCAACACUGAAGCCCCAAUCACAACCAACACUAAAACCCCAUCCCCAGUAUCAACCACUAGCAAAGCCACAACCACAACCCACACUAUACACAGAACCCCAAUCUCAACCAACACCAAAGCCCCAACCACAAACCAAACUAAACUCCCAACCACAUUCUCAACCAACACUGAAGCCCCAAUCACAACCAACACUAAAACCCCAUCCCCAGUAUCAACCAGUAGCAAAGCCCCAACCACAACCCAGACUAAACCCCCAACUCCAGUCUAAACCAACACCAAAGCCUCAACCCCAACCCCAACCCAAACUAAUCACCCAGCUUGAGUCUCAACCAACACCAAAGCCCCAACCACUACCCAAACUAAACUCCCAACUGCAGUCUCAACCAACACUGAAGCCCCAAUCACAACCAACACUAAAGUCUCAACCCCAGUAUCAACCACUAGCAAAACCCCAACCACAACCCACACUAUACCUAGAACCCCAGACUCAGCCAGCACCAACACCACAAACACAACCCAGACUAGACACCCAACCCCAGUCUCAACCAACACCAAAGCCCCGACCACAGCCCAAGCUAAACUCCCAACCCCAGUCUCAGCCAACACUAAAGCCCCAAUCACAACAAACACUAAAACCCCAACUCCAGUCUAAACCAACACCAAAGCCUCAACCACAACCCAAACUAAACACCCGGCUCCAAUCUCAACCAACACCAAAACGCCAACCUCAACCAGAACCCACACCAAACCCCCAAAUCCAGUAUCAACCACCACGAAAGCCCAAACCUCAACCCCAACCAAAACAAAACACCCAGCUCCAGUAUCAACCUACACCAAAACACCAACUUCAACCAGAACCCACACUAAACCCCCAACUCCAGUCUAAACCAACAUCAACGCCUCAACCUCAACCACAACCUAAACUAAACACCCAGCUCCAGUCUCAACCUACACCAAAACACCAACCUCAACCAGAACCCACACUAAACCCCCAGUUCCAGUAUCAACCACCACCAAAGCCCAAACCUCAACCCCAACCCAAACAAAACACCCAGCUCCAGUCUCAACCCACACCAAAACGCCAACCUCAACCAGAACCUACACUAAACCCCCAGUUCCAGUAUCAACCACCACCAAAGGCCAAACCACAACCCAGACUAAACCCCCAAAGCCCGCCUAAACCAACACCAAAGCCUCAGCCUCAACCACAACCCAAAAUAAACACCCAGCUCCAGUCUCAACCAACAACAAAACACCAACCUCAACCAGAAACCACACUAAACCCCCAGCUCCAGUAUCAACCACCACCAAAGCCCAAACCUCAACCCCAGCCCAAACAAAACAUCCAGCUCCAGUCUCAACCAACACCAAAGCUCCAACUUCACCCAGAACCCACACUAAACCCCCAGCUCCAGUAUCAACCACCACCAAAGCUCAAACCUCAACCCCAGCCCACACAAAACAUCCAGCUCCAGUCUCAACCAACACCAAAGCUCCAACUUCAACCAGAACCCACACUAAACCCCCAGCUCCAGUAUCAACCACCACCAAAGCCCAAACCUCAACCCCAGCCCACACAAAACAUCCAGCUCCAGUCUCAACCAACACCAAAGCUCCAACUUCAACCAGAACCCACACUAAACCCCCAGCUCCAGUAUCAACUACCACCAAAGCCCAAACCUCAACCCCAGCCCAAACAAAACAUCCAGCUCCAGUCUCAACCAACACCAAAGCCCCAACCUCAACCACAACCCAACCUAAACCUCCAGCCCCAGUAUCAACCACCACCAACGCCCCAACCUAAAUCAAAACCCAGACUAAAUCUGCAACCCAAACCUCAGCAAACACCACAGCCCAAGCCCCAUAUCAAACAUCAACAGCAACAUCAGCCAACACCUUGGUCCAAACCUCAAGUGCAACUUCAACUCAAGACCCAAACCCAACCUCAACCUCAACCACAAAUUCAGCCAACUCCCCAGCUCACUCGCCUUAACGAACCUCUAAAACAACCUCGUCCAACAACUCAGUCCUUACCUCAGACUGAAACCCAAGCUCAAUCAAAAGCUGCAUUUGAGCAUAAACCUUCAUCGCAGGCUCAUCUGACAAUUCAGUCACAUAUGCAAGUGCAACCACAAGAAAAUACCCACAUCCCGUCUGUUACCCAAACACAAUCCCAGUCAAAGUCCAAACCCCAGCCUAACUACCAACCACAGCACCAACAAAAAACCUUUCCAAAGUCUCAACCAGAACAAAACAUCAAGCCAAAGCCCAAACUUAAACCAAAAAAACAGAAAAAGUCUCAAUCACAGCCAAAGACAAAAACUAAACUUAAGCAAGAAACUGAACCAAAGACUGGUCGAAAACCUGUAUCCCACCCUGUUUUUCAACACAUAGCCCAACCACAAACUCCAGUAAAACCUCUGACCAAAUCCCAACCUGAUCCUCUACCCAAGUCACGCCCUCCAAGUACUUUGCAAACACAACCUGCACCUCAGUUUCUCCCUCAGACCAAGACCCCCCCUCAUCCUACCAUGGUCACCCCAAGGCAGGCAGAUCCUACGGCUCCUAGUCGAAUGGAUGAGGUCAGCCCUCUUCCAAGACCUGACCUGGCUCCAGAGAAGGCCCAUAGUAACAAUCAGGGCACUGGCAUCCUCAGAUCGUCCAAUGCUGCUCUUCCUCGUUCUACCAUUAGCUCAGCUCCACCAGUUCCUCCUGCAGAAAGAAAUGUGACACCACCUCAUUCCAGGGUCUCUCCUGUUUCUCCUCGUAAAGGCAUCACACCUUUCUCACCACCGAGGACGGUUAACCCCUCUCUCAACUCUAUCAGAACAGCCAGUGGGGAGAAUCAUAGGGGCAAUGCGCUUACUAAACCCAAGGUGUGGUCCAAAGACAAACCUGGCUCCCCUGCAGUUCAGCGCCCCUCUGUUCCCGUAUACAAGAGACCCAACCUGGUGGGGAAGCCAGGUGACCACGUUGAGAGAAAAGAUAAAUCCUUGAACUUCAAAGGGAAGCUCAAGGAAUCCAUUGUGAAGCCAUUCCCCCUGGUCACAGCCAAACCCAAGCAAGAGCGCAGGCAGACGACCACCUACGCCCCGGCACUCAACAGUACACUCAGUCGUUUUGAAUUAUUUGACAACUCCUCCAUCUUCAGUUCCUCGCCGGCAUCAGAGGUGGACGCUAUGGGCAAAAAGCGCUUCGUCGCUCCACACGUGAUCUACAAGACGGAUAAGAAACCGGAGGAACCGUGCUCCAUCACCACGUCGCUCUCUUACUUCCCUGAAGAGGAGGCCAAUGACCUGAAUGUCACUGGACCCCCCCGCCUACCGCCGUCUAACCUCACCGUGCUUACAGUGGAAGGCUGUCCGUCCUUUGUCAUUCUAGACUGGCAGAAAUCCGACAACGAGACCAAAGAGUAUGAAGUUGUAUCCACCACUAAAGGGUCAGAGGGAAAGGAAAAGUCCGUAGUGACGACCAACCAGACACACACGGCUGUGGAGAACCUCAAACCAGAGAGCAGUUACGAGUUUACAGUCACGCCCAAGAACGAGCUGGGAACUGGACCCUCCACGGAUCCCGUUUCUUUUAAUACCGAAUCAGCGGAUCCGCGGGUAAGCGAGUAUGUUCCAGGCAAAGAUGCCAUCUGGACUCCGUUCUUCUUCAAAGCCGAUGCCUACUCCGAAUGCACCGGGAAGCAGUACGUGAAGAGAACCUGGUACCGCAAGUUUGUCGGAAUCCAGCUUUGCAACUCCCUCAGAUACAAGAUCUACCUUAGCGACACCUUGAACGGGAAGUUUUAUAACAUUGGCGAUCAGACGGGUUAUGGCGAGGACCAUUGCCAGUUUGUGGAUUCCUUCCUGGAUGGACGAACGGGCGCCCAGGUGCUUGCUCACCACUUACCAAGCCGACAAGGAUACUUCAGAGCGCUGCGGCAGGAACCGGUCAGCUUUGGAGACAUCGGUGGAAGGUCACAUGUCACUUAUGUGGGAUGGUACGAAUGUGGAACGCCAAUUCCUGGGAAGUGGUAAGACCCUCCCCCAAACACAGGGCUGUUAGGGAAGCUGCCUGACAAGAGGAUGACUUCCUUUAAGAUGAGGAAGAACAGCAGAUGCCUGCCUACAUCUGAAUGAGGACGGACUCUCGUUACCAUGGAGAUUGUAGAUAUGUUUGCGUGUGUUUUUAAAGUGAAAAAAAAAAAAAAAACUACAGGACUCUGGCUACAUUCACAUCACAGGCUUCAGUGACCAAUUAUGAUUUUCCCUGUACAAUUUUUUAAGAACCACAUUUAGUAAAUAUUUAAAAGAAUGUAGAUCAAGUGCAAAUACAUACAAACACCACUUUGUACUAAUUUUUAUUAACAAGUUUGCUAAUCUGCCACUUAUGGCAAAUUGGUCAGGGUGGAUACGUUUUCCUCCACCUACAGUAUCAACUGUGUGGUUUCUCACCGCAGCAAGAUGUCAGUAACGGUACAGUCCUGGUCACAAGUACCGGUCCCCAGAUACUUUGAUCACAUAAUUUAAAAUGUAUUCAUGAACAAAUGCGGGUCAACCAGUUUUACAUAUUCAGAAUAUUUCACAUAAUUGUCAGCUAUUGAGGCAAAAAAAAAAAAAAAAGAAUAAUGAAUGAAUGAAAGAAAAAAAGCUGGGGGGGGGGGGGGGAACCAAAUUUGCAGAAGAGUUACUGGCACAUUUGGAAGAAUUUACAAUAAAUCAUUGCUUUCACAUUCUGUUUUAUUUAGACAAGUCAAGGGAUAAAUACAUUAACAUUUACAAGUAGGCAGCUUUCAAAAACAGCAACUGGGCAAGGAGAGGAAUUAAGGAAGCUGCCAAGACACCCUUGAUAACUUUGAGUUAUGUGCUACUGUGGCUGUGAGUGGAGAAAAUUAGCAGCGUAACAUUUGAUUUCUGCAUCGCCGGUCACGGCGGCACAGCGGAGUGAAGCACAGGACUUAAUACGAGACAGUAGGUGAAAUCUGCUCUACAACAGAUGAAAUCUAGGCUCGAGUCUUCAGUGUAUCUUUUGGCAAAUGUAAUUGAAAUUUUAUGGUUUAAGAAGCUCAUCUGUUCUCCACUAUGAAGCUGUAUAACUGGUGAUGCAACAAAAAACUUCAGUUUCUCCCUUACAGCCACAGAAGUCAGAGUUGAACAUGGGUGUCCACCUGGCUUCCCUCACCAGUUGCUUACUAUUUUUGAUAACUGCCUACUCCAGACAAAUUUGCAUGAAUAUUUCAUCAGAACUGUUCAUGCAUCCAUCCCCCGACUUGUCUAAAGAAAACUGUCCAAGUGUGAAAGUGAUGAUUUAUUGGAAAUGUGCAUAAAGAGGUGGCACCAAUAAUCCUUAGAAUGACUGUACUGGACUCAUUUUUGGACAGGUUAUCAGUGUCAGUCCUUUAGGUCAUGUGGGACAGAAACUAAAAUGGUUCAGAUGUAACAAAGUCUGAUUUGACUUGUUCAUAUCACUCAAAAACCAGAUCCGUGUCACUUCAGGCUUUAAUGUGAAUGCAGCCUGUAAGGUGUAAUGAAACUGUUGUGUGCAAUGUAAUGUCUUAAUUUCCCUAUUUAUCAGACAUUUUAUGACAGAUAAUGAAGUCGUGCCGGAGUGAGUCAAGAUGAUGGGAAGCUGGCUCCCAAAAA